GGGGAGGCGCCGGGGGCGCGCGCGCGCGCGCUGGGCGCUGCUGGGCUGCGGCGGCGGCGGCGGCGGCGGCGGUUACUAUGGCGGAGUCGGCCGGAGCCUCCUCCUUUUUCCCCGUUGUCCUCCUCCUGCUCGCCGGCAGCGGCGGGUCCGGGCCCCGGGGGAUCCAGGCUCUGCAGUGUGCAUGUACCAGCUGCCUCCAGGCCAACUACACGUGUGAAACAGAUGGGGCCUGCAUGGUUUCCAUUUUCAACCUGGAUGGGAUGGAGCACCACGUGCGCACCUGCAUCCCCAAAGUGGAGCUGGUCCCCGCCGGGAAACCCUUCUACUGCCUCAGCUCUGAGGACCUCCGCAACACCCACUGCUGCUAUACUGACUUCUGCAACAGGAUCGACCUUAGGGUGCCCAGUGGUCACCUCAAGGAGUCUGAGCACCCUUCCAUGUGGGGCCCCGUGGAGCUGGUAGGCAUUAUUGCUGGCCCAGUGUUCCUCCUGUUUCUCAUCAUCAUCAUUGUUUUCCUUGUCAUUAACUAUCAUCAGCGUGUCUAUCACAACCGCCAGAGACUGGAUAUGGAAGAUCCCUCGUGUGAGAUGUGUCUCUCCAAAGACAAGACGCUCCAGGAUCUUGUCUACGAUCUCUCCACAUCAGGGUCUGGUUCAGGGUUGCCCCUUUUUGUCCAGCGCACAGUGGCCCGAACCAUCGUUUUACAGGAGAUUAUUGGCAAGGGCCGGUUUGGGGAAGUGUGGCGUGGCCGCUGGAGGGGUGGCGAUGUCGCGGUGAAGAUUUUCUCUUCUCGUGAAGAACGGUCUUGGUUCCGGGAAGCAGAGAUCUACCAGACAGUGAUGCUGCGCCAUGAAAACAUCCUUGGAUUUAUUGCUGCUGACAAUAAAGCGGACUGCUGGUUCCUCAUAUUGCUGUGGGGGUUUGUAACGGCCUCAGCUGCCCCCAGGCUGAAGAGGCUCAGACUCAAACACAAGGGAAGAAGGGGAAGAGAGAAUUGUAUACUCCCUCUGCAUAAUGGCACCUGGACACAGCUGUGGCUCGUCUCAGACUACCAUGAGCAUGGCUCCCUGUUUGAUUAUCUUAACCGGUACACGGUGACAAUCGAGGGGAUGAUUAAGCUGGCCUUGUCUGCGGCUAGUGGGUUAGCCCACCUGCACAUGGAGAUUGUGGGUACCCAAGGGAAGCCUGGAAUUGCUCAUCGAGACUUAAAAUCAAAGAACAUCCUGGUGAAGAAAAAUGGCAUGUGCGCCAUUGCAGACCUGGGCCUGGCUGUCCGCCAUGAUGCGGUCACUGACACCAUUGACAUUGCCCCAAAUCAGAGGGUGGGAACCAAACGAUACAUGGCCCCCGAAGUACUCGAUGAGACCAUUAAUAUGAAGCACUUUGACUCCUUCAAAUGCGCCGAUAUUUACGCGCUCGGCCUUGUGUAUUGGGAGAUUGCUCGAAGAUGCAAUUCUGGAGGAGUCCAUGAAGAGUAUCAGCUACCAUAUUAUGACUUAGUGCCCUCUGACCCUUCCAUUGAGGAAAUGCGAAAGGUCGUAUGUGACCAGAAGCUACGUCCCAACAUCCCCAACUGGUGGCAGAGUUACGAGGCACUGCGGGUCAUGGGGAAGAUGAUGCGAGAGUGCUGGUACGCCAACGGCGCGGCCCGCCUGACUGCCCUGCGCAUUAAGAAGACCCUCUCACAGCUCAGCGUGCAGGAAGACGUGAAGAUCUAAGCCUCUCCCUCCCCACACGCAGCCCUGGCAGCGGGAACUACACACAGCUGCCGCGUUGAGCGUACGACGGAGGCCUACCUCUCGUUUCUGCCCAGCCCUCGGUGGCCAGGAGCCCUGGUCCCAAAGAGGGACAGAGCCCGGGAGACUCCCUCACUCCCAUGUUGGGUUUGAGACACAGACACCUUUUAUAUUUACCUCCUAACGGCACGGAGACUCUGAGAGCGGAUGGUGUGGAGAACUCGAUGCCACAACUCGAACUGGCUGUAGUGGGAAGUCCCGCAAAACCCGGUGCGUCUGGCGGAUAGCCAGGGUGGCGACGGGCUCCCGAGAGGACCCCGGGGGAGCCGCGUGUCGCCAUUUCUGAACAGUACCGACGGUGUCCUCCAGGGACCAGCUCCGCCGGGGCGGGCGGCGCUCUGCGGUGGCCCAGAGGAGCCACGAAUACAGCCCCUGACACGGGCAGCUCUGGGCCCCGGGCUCCCCUCCUGUCUCACGCAGUAGAGGCGGGGCCUGCCGCCUGUCUGUCCAGCCGUGUGUGCAUGUGCCGAGGUGCGUCCCCUGUUGUGCCUGGUCCGUGCCACGCCCUUACACGUGUGUGUGUAUGUGUGUGUCUGUAGGUGCGCACUUACCUGCUUGAGCUUUCUGUGCAUGUGCAGGUCGGGGGUGUGGUUGUCAUGCCGUCUCUGCGUGCUGGUGCCUCUGUUUGGUAGUGAGCAGCGUCUAGUCUCCCUGGUGCCCUUCCCGAAGGUCUCUCUCCUGGCCCCUUCCCCCCAGAACCCCCACGCCACAGCGGGACCCCCUUCCCAGCAGGCUGCUCCGCCUGCCCAUGUGUCGGCACCUCCAUUUCAGACCGUGGAACCAAAGCUGGCCCAGUUGUCCGUGGCAGGCGGGGGAGAUUUUUGGGUCCAAAUGUGAGGCAGGGACGGGCGGGGGUGGGCAGGGAAAGAAUCUCGGUGGAAGUCUCGGGUGUUGUGGUCAGCGGCAACCGUGGGAAAUGAGCCAGCCCAAGGGCAUCAUCCUCAACAGCAUCAAGAAGGGCCAAGGGACUUGAGGCCCUGAUCCUGGGACUCACAUUGGAAUGUCACAUCUGUCUUUCAUAUCCCAGAUUCUGGAAACAGCAGUGUAUAUUUUUGGUGGUGAUGGGUUUAGGGUGGGGAAGGGGAAGGGGGGGCAAGCAGUGGGGGGGGGGAGUCGGGGUGGGAGGGAGGCAUCUGCAUGGGUCUUUUACUGGAUUAUCUGAUCGCAGUGGAGGGGAGAUGGGAGACACGUACCCACUUCAGGGGCCUGUGAAAGGGAAAAGCCCGAGCCAAACCUGUUAUUUUAACCUGAGUAUAGUAUUUAAUGAUGUCUAGAAGCACGGUUAUGGGUGGUGGUUUGGUCAGCGUAUCUUAGGUAUAUAAUAACUUUGAAGCCAUAACUUUUAACUGGAGUGGUUUGUUUUUCUUUUUUCUUUUCUUUUCUUUUCGUUUCGUUUCGUUUCUUUUCCUUUUUUUCUUUUUUUUCUUUUCUCUUUCCUUUUCUCUUUUUUUCUUUUUUCUUUUUUUUAAAUUUUAUUGGAAGGGUCUGAAUUUUAACUUUUUUUAAUAUUGUUAAGUUUUUAUAAAAGGAAAACCAUCUCUAUGUGAUGAUUACCUCUUUGUUUUUAAAGAAAUUGCUACAAAACAACCACAAAAAAAAAAAAAAAUGCUCCAAUCAAGCGCACAUAGCUCAGUCACACUGGAAAUGUUUGUCCUUGCACCUGAGCCUGUUCCCACCGAGCAGCGAGAGUCCCUCCCUCUUUGCCCUGGAGGUUAGUCUCUCUUGCACUGUGCCCCCCACCCCUCAAUUCUGUGAGUGGUUUUUGCUUCAGGGCCCUGGCCUUUUGUGCAUUGUCCAGCCGGUUGCGCCUUCUCCUCCAGGCAUUUACUCAACAGAUGUUUGCUGCGUACCUGUUGUGUGUCAGGCAUUGUGCUGGGCACUUGGAAUACGUAUGUGAGCAAGACAGGCUUGGGUCCUACUCUUGGAACACUGAAGAAGUUGCCGAGUCAAGUUAGUGGGUGCCUGUUUCAAGACCAGAAGUUUGUACCGUUGGUUCUGAGAGCCUUUUGAGCCUGGAAUGAUUGCUCUUAGAAAAGACCACCAAGGACCAGGAUCCCUCCAUACCCCCAAAGAGCCCUGCAGUGGGCAGUGAGACCCUAAAUUACUGCAUUCAUUCUGAGCCCCCUUCCUGCCCCCAGGGGAGGCAUAUGAUGUCUGCAGCCUGAGAGCAUGCCUGCCUCCAGCCCAGUGAUUCUCUGCCAAAGCUUGUGGAGGAGGGGCACGCCUCUCCCUGCUUACACGGGUCUCCCAGAUGCUCCCGGUCUUCCUAUUUAUUUUCCUGACGUGUUGCUUCUUCCCUUGCGUUAAAGGAGAUCUUCGCCUCACCCUUUGGGCCAGUUUGCUGGCUACUGACUAAUUUCCCUUGAAUACCAAUGGUGUCAUUAGGGGGACCUUCUUUCCCCAGCCCUGCUGACCCCCCACCUACCUGCUCUGCAGCAGACCCAGGCAGGGUGUGGGUGGUAAUGGAACUUAGACUCCUGUGCCCCGGUCACAACCAGCCUCUGGGAUCUGCCAACACUCCUCGACCCAGGGACUCCCAAGCCUCUAGCCCUCUCCCCAGGGGGACCUCCUGGCCUCACCACACCUCGGGGAAGACUGAGCGGUUUUUUGGGAAGCUCCCACCCCUGUCCCCAUCGCUCUUAACACCAAGGGUUAGGAGUUAGAGAGUUGGGGAGAAACUAAAGCCUAAAGCCGUGGUGUUUGGCCCCUGGGGCUAACUAACCCUGAUCCGUAGGGCUACCUACACCUCUGGAUUCUGGAUUCACAGACCAAGUCAAAGCCCGUUCUUACGUCGCCAUCAAGGCCCCCGAACGGCAUUCUCGGUACUUCUGUUUGUUUUUGUACAUUUUAUUAGAAAGGACUGUAAAAUAGCCACUUAGACACUUUACCUCUUCAGUAUGCAAAUGUAAAUAAGUUGUAAUAUAGGAAAUCUUUUGUUUUAAUAUAAGAAUGAGCCUGUCCAAUUUCUGCUGUACAUUAUUAAAGUUUUAUUCACAGA